AUGGUCUGCCCAUCAAGUAGCGAUAAUCGCUUUGGACCACAGGUCCUCGUCCAGUGUCGUCCAUUCGACUUUACCCUGCUCUUUGAGAAUGUCGUCUUCGCUGUGGUGCCUGCUGCGGUGUUUUUGUUGGCAAUCUCUGCUCGUAUCCCGGUUCUCGUUCGAUCUCCGGUCAAAGUAACUUCGCAUAAAUUGGCGGCAUGGAAGCUGGUGAGUUUCUUCCAUCAGGCCAUACAUAGUGUAUUGGUAUGUCUGACAAUCUGGGCCCAGAUUUCUCUUGGAAUGCUGCUCGUACUUCAUAUCCUGCACCUCACAAUCCACAUUCAAGUCAGCUCUCUACGAACCCAGUCUUCUCUGGCAGCUGGUAUAUUGCAUCUGGUUGUUGCUGCGGCAUCCGUCUUACUCUCAUGGCUUGAGGACCAGCGGUUUAUCCGGCCAUCGGAUUUUCUGAUCAUUUACUUUUCUCUGUCGAGCAUCCUAGCUCUCCCCCGGCUACGGUCUCUGUGGCUUCUGUCCUCUUUUCUCAUCCAGGUGGUACUUUGGAGUCUGGUUACUGUGGGGACCGUCGUCGUGCUGUGCUUGGAGGUCAAUUCACAAGACACAGCUCCUGCGCCUUGGAUUUCGGCAAUCCAGCAAAGAGAUCACAUCUAG